AUGGGAGGCGAAGGUGGUGGUGACUCUGGUGACUCCGUAAUACAUUUUGUGUUUGUUCAUGGAGCCAGCCAUGGAGCAUGGUGUUGGUACAAACUUACCACUCUUCUCGACGCCGCCGGAUUCAAAUCCACCACCGUCGACCUCACCGGCGCUGGAAUCAACCUCACCGACUCUAACACCGUCUUUGACCCCGACCACUAUAACUUCCCUCUCUUCUCCCUCUUGUCCGAUCUCCCUCCUCACCACAAAGUCAUACUCGUUGGACAUAGCAUGGGCGGAGGAAGUGUCACCGCAGCUCUCUGCAAGUUCCCUGACAAAAUCUCCAUGGCUGUUUACCUCGCGGCUUACAUGGUUCAACCCGGAUCCGCCUCUUCUACACAUAACUCACCCAUGCAUUUGGGAGAAGAGGAUAUAUGGGAGUACAUAUACGGAGAAGGCGUUAAUGAAACUCCAACCGGAGUCAUAAUGAAAGAGCAGUUUAUACGCCAUCGUUACUAUAGCCAAAGCCCUCUUGAGGAUGUAACUUUGGCAUCUAAGCUGUUGCGACCUGCUCCUGUGAGGGCCUUUCUAGGUUUCGAUAAGCUGUCAGCAAAUCCCGCAGCCGAGAAAAUUCCUCGAGUUUGCAUCAAAACUGCCAAGGAUAAUCAGUUUUCUAUGCUGCGUCAGGACCGUAUGGUGGAGAAUUGGCCACCUUCGCAGGUGUAUGUGUUGGAGGAGAGUGACCAUUCUCCUUUCUUCUCGGUCCCCACUACCUUGUUCAUUUAUCUCCUCCGUGCUAUAUCUUUUCUUCAAUCAUAA